AUGAUAAUUGUUGAUGAGUUACCUUUUAGGCAUGUAGAGAAGGAAGGCUUUAAGUUUUUUGUUGAGGUUUUGGAACCUAGGUUCACUAUCCCUUGUCGCACCACUGUUGCUCGUGAUUGUAUGAAUCUUUAUUAUGAAGAGAAGAAAAAAUUGAAAAAAGCAUUUCAAAAGCAACGAGUAUGCCUAACCACUGACACUUGGACAUCAAUUCAAAAUCUUAACUAUAUGUGUCUUACUGCUCAUUGGAUUGAUAAUGAUUGGAACUUGCAUAAAAGAAUCUUAAAUUUUUGUAUUGUUCCUAAUCACAAGGGUGUCACAAUUGGUAAGCAUAUUGAGAAGUGCUUGCAAGAGUGGGGGAUAGAUAGGAUAUUUACAAUCACACUUGAUAAUGCAAGUUCAAAUGAUGUUGCCAUACAAUAUCUGAAAAGAAAAACUAAGGAUUGGAAGACCACCAUUUUGGAUAAUGAGUUUUUGCAUAUGAGAUGUUGUGCACAUAUUGUUAAUCUUAUUGUGUGUGAGGGCUUAAAAGAUCAAAAUGAAUCAGUUGUUAAGAUUAGAAAUGCAGUGAGAUAUGUUAGAUCUUCUCCAUCUAGGCUUCAAACUUUUAAGAAUUGUGUAGAGCGUGAAAAAAUUCCUAGUAAAAGUCUAGUAUGCCUAGAUCUUCCAACUAGGUGGAAUUCGACCUAUAUGAUGUUGGAGGCAGCUGUAAAGUUCCAAAAUGCUUUUGAGCGGCUACAAGAGGAAGACUCACAAUUUGACUCAUAUUUCAAUGAUGAUGAUAAUGAUGAGAAUGAGGUUGGGGUUGAGGAUGAUAAUGGGAGAGGAAAAGGGAGGGGGAGAAAGAAUAUUGGGCCUCCUAAUGUGCUUGAUUGGGGAAAGGCUAAAAUCUUUGUGCAAUUUCUAAAACUUUUUUAUAAGUUGACUUUGCGAUUUUCAGUCUCUUUAUAUGUCACAUCUAAUGCAUUUUUCCAUGAACUUGUGUCAGUGCAAUCUAAAUUGUUGACUUUAAGUAGAAGUGAGGAUAAUAUGUUAAAGAAUAUGGCUGCUAGCAUGAGAAAGAAAUAUGACAAAUAUUGGAAGAAUAUUAAAAAUAUCAAUUUUUUGUUGUAUGUUGCUAUUGUGCUAGACCCUCGUUAUAAAUUGAGAUAUAUCAUGUUUUCCUUUAAACAAGUUUAUGAGAAAUCCAAGGCAUAA